AUGGCAAGCGCUUCGAAUGACGCGAGCAGAUUCAAAGGUCCAGUCGGCCCCCUACGCCAUCGCUGCCCGCAAUGCACAGCGACAGGCCCUGAACUCCUCCGAUGCAGUGCCUGUCGUGGGGUCCGAUACUGUAGCCGCGAACACCAGGCUGCCGACCGUUCUCAGCACAAAUCUGCCUGUAACAAGAUAAAGAAAGCACGUGUUAAUGUUUCCAGAGAAGAAGACCUGGUCCGUAACGGCACAGGCUUCUUGGAGCCUGCCAACGCCUUUGAGACGCAUGUCGGUCGCUUCUAUGGCCUCAUGAACACCCGCGAUUACAUGAGCCAUCGAUUAUUUUUGGCCAAUCGUCUAUGUGAGCUUAGCACGCUUGACGGUGUUCACGAAGCCCUUGAACAUAUGCGGGAUAUGCUGAGACUGAACCGGAGCGAUAACAUAGGACUGCGAGAUCUUGUGCCGGCCAUGAUGCUGCGACUGGAUCUCGAUCAGGAGUGCUAUGAUUUUGUCAAGUGGUGGGCGACGUGUGAUUCACAUGAGGAUUACGAUUGGGAAGACAUGACUCUACCUCAUCUCGAUAUUCACGGGGCCGAUGUCUUCGAGUAUCCGGAUUUCUUAGAGCGGCAUCCGGCAUUGAACCACAUUAUCGCCAUCCUACUACUGAAAUUAAAGCUGCUCGUUGAUAUUCGCAACCUCAAGAUGACGCGAAAGAUCCUUGCAUUGCGCCGCGUUCCACACGACCUCUGGCAGUCAAUCGAGCUAUCGGUGAUCCGGAGCCCGCUCUCGCUCAAGCUCCAAAGGGACUCCCCUGAAGCGCUCAUCCAGACAGAGGCGAAUCUCCUGUUCCAGACUCGCCAGCGAGGCUAUAUUCUCCCCGAAGCCAACUACAGUUUCAUGUACUACUUCUUCGACCCGGACGAAGCACUCUGUGCCAGACCAGAGGGAUACUCCAGGGGCAGUUGGGAAGAAAUGGCCCUUGCGAUGCAGUACUCAUACGCCGCAUGGUGGGAGACGGAAGGCAUCAUGGACCUGUUGAACGAAGCACGAGCGUGUGCGGCGCGAUCCUCUGGGCGCGAUGUUGAGACCAUGGUGGCCCGAAGUUCGGACAGCCGGGAGGCGGAAGAGUUGUUAGCGGAUCUGAACGUGAAACAGAUUUGGCAUCACCUUGAUGAGGCAUUCAAGAACGCCUCGUAUCUGGGUCCCUGGUCUGAGCGGCCGUCUGAGCGGCAUAUACGUCAGAGGGAGGAAGUUUGGGCGCGAUAUAUGCCAGAGAACAUAACCUUUAUCGCUGGAUGA